UACGGUCGGUUGCCACACCUACGGAAUAAUUAGUUUUAUGUUUGUGUAUAACGGUUGUGAUCUAUGAAAAUCUGUGAUAACACCGGGCGUUGAUAAACAAGGAAAUACUUGUGAAAAUUAAAUGCAGACUGCGAAUGCGUUAUAACAUAAUAUAACUCCCGUACAAAUAUAAAUUUGUUAAUUAACUGUACCUUUUAUAAGCACUAUAAUUAAACUGUUUAUAGUAAAACUGCAAAAAAGUGAAUUCCAUUAAAGUGCAAAAAUGCCAAGGAGAAAGAGAGCUUCCAGUCCAUUUGAUCCAUUCGACGAUGACUUCGACGAGGAUGCCAGCUCCCAAAGUUCCAAAAACGGAAAUCCACCUGUGCAACGAAACGCUGCCAAUGCAAGAGAGAGAGCGCGAAUGCGUGUCUUGUCCAGUGCCUUUGGAAGACUGAAAACAAAACUGCCCAACAUUCCGCCAGACACAAAAUUAUCCAAAUUGGAUACACUACGCUUAGCGACGAUGUAUAUCAAACAAUUGAAAGUGCUAGCUGAAGGUGGCGCAGCGAGUGCAGAAAAUCAGGAUGCAUUGCAAGAGAGUGCAAGCAUUUUCAGGAUGCAAGGUGUUCCACAAAGCAUGACAUGGCCUUUUGGUUUCCAUCACAUGCAAACUAGCAGUAAUAGUAGUAGUAGUAAUCGAUUGCAGAACCUUCAGUACUCCCCCACCGAAUGGAAUCAUCAUACACGCAAUGCCUAUUCCAAAUAUGGACGGAUGUCUAAUGGCAGCAGUAGCAAUAAUAAUAAUGGCAUUUAUCAGCAGGAAUCGAACAAUUUGCACCCACAUCAUUGGUAUGCGAACGAAGAACCAAUGGCAGAGGACAUCAGCAACAAUAACAACAAUUGUACCUUUUUUGAAUCGCAAGCGGAACAUCACUUUAAACAAAAUCAUGAAAUUUCACAAGUUCAUCAGCAAAUACUAUAUCAUACAACAAGUCAUACAAAUACGCAUAGUUCGAUACGAUAAAAAAGGAGGUGCA